CAACUAUCUCAGUUGUUUACUCAAUUUUCUCUUUUUCAGCAAGUUGUUUUAAACACCGUGUAGAGUUAUUUUUCCUUAGCAAACAUUUUUUUUUUUUUACAACUUUUGUUUAAAAAAAAAAAAAAAAAAAGAAAAACACGAAGACAAGAGUAGCCUGAAAAUAUAAAUCGGAUAGUUUAGCUGUAGUAGCGAGGAAAAAUAAAAGUCUGAUGGUUUCCAUUUGGAUGGCGUGAUAUUUCCAUAGUAAAUCUUUGAUAAUGUUAGAUGGUUAAAUAAAAUAUUCACUGCGCUAAUUUUGUGGAAAGAGGGUCGGGGUUUUUUUUUUUUUCUUUUAAAUUAACUUGGUAUUGUCACAUCGAGCGACUCGUUAGGCAACUCCAACAAACAAUAGGCGUUUUUGUGUGGCUGGCAAAGCUCGCGAGCUAUCACACAAAAGCCAGCUAUAGCACAACCUGCUAGCUUAGCUUAGCUUAGCUUAGCUUGAGUUAGCCAGAGAGAAGACAGGCGUUGUCCAAACGCAAGUCCGUUCAUUUCGUUACUUUUUUCCCUCAGAAAAUGGCUCAGAACAGCAGUUCUCACGUAGCGAGCUCACAGAAAGCGUUAAUGCUCGAAAUGAAAAGCCUUCAAGAAGAGCCAGUGGAGGGCUUUAAAAUCACCCUGGUGGACGAGGCAGACCUUUAUAACUGGGAAGUGGCCAUUUUUGGACCCCCAAAUACACUCUACGAAGGGGGUUACUUUAAGGCACGUAUCAAGUUCCCCAUCGACUACCCCUACUCCCCUCCAGCCUUCAGAUUCCUCACGAAAAUGUGGCACCCUAACAUUUAUGAGAACGGGGACGUAUGUAUCUCUAUCCUUCACCCUCCCGUAGAUGACCCGCAGAGCGGAGAGCUGCCCUCAGAGAGGUGGAAUCCAACACAGAACGUCAGAACCAUCCUGCUGAGCGUCAUAUCCUUGUUGAACGAGCCUAACACUUUCUCUCCUGCUAACGUGGAUGCCUCCGUGAUGUACCGCAAGUGGAGAGACAGCAAAGGGAAGGACAGAGAGUACGCAGAGAUCAUUCGGAAGCAGGUUCUGGCCACUAAAGCAGAGGCAGAGCGAGACGGUGUUAAAGUUCCCACUACACUGGCUGAGUACUGUGUGCGCACGCGCGCCCCCCCCACAGACGAGGGCUCUGACUUGUUUUACGAUGAUUACUAUGACGACGAGGACUUGGAGGACAAUAAUGACGAUGAGGACUGUUGCUACGAUGAAGACGACUCAGGAAACGAGGAAUCGUGACCCCGCCAUCCCAAUCAUCCUCCUCGUCAUCACCAUCAUCUGUACCCUGAAACGUUGAAAAGCUGUCGCAUGCACCUUGUAUUUACUUUUCUUUUGAAAAUGCUUUGAGAUGUUUUAGGUUCUUUUUUUUUUUCUAGUCGGAAAACGAAAGCAUUCUGUUUUUCUCGCUGGUCUCUGUUCAGUUGCGUUUUCCUUUCGUUCCCCCCCCCCUUCAUUUAUCUUAACCCCUUAUUUUUUUUUCUUCCAUUUUUAUUUUUUGCGCUAUAGAAAUCCAAACAUUUCCGCUUUGUCAAACAGCUAAAUAAUAGAACAACUAUGAAUGGGUGAAAAGGAAGUGGGUUUUUUUCCUCUUCUUCCUUCCUUCUUUCUUUCUUUCUUUCUUUCUUUCUUUUUUUUGUGCUGUACUGUGCAUGUUGGCAUUGUGGCGUUUUUUUAUUACACAGUGCUGCACCCUUCAUCCACCAUUUUCUUUUUCCUGAAAGAUCUCUAAUUAAGGAUCAUCUACAAGUCCAACCAGUUCAGCAAUAAAAUGCAUUUUGCAUACUUACAUGCUCCAGAGGCAAGGCGUCGGAGCCGAAUAUAGCAGAAUUGUCUUUUAACUUGACAUUUGUAUUAGAUGAGUGUUUCCCCGCUCGAACACACCAGAUUUUAUGCUCCGAUGUGCUUGAGCAGGAAAAAAAAAAACACAAAACUGUGUAUUGCUGUGGAUUGACAUACAUCUGGUUUGAAUGCUUGUAGACAGAUUUGCUAUCAUUGUUAAGGGAAUGAGUAAUCUUUUUGCUUUGAGGGAGAAACACUUGAUGUGUGCCCUGCAGAAGCCUAAACCCCUACUACCACUAUGUGAGAUUCAGUGCAUUAUUUUAAGAUGGUGGUGUUUUAACCUCAAACGUUAAUCACAUAUUUCUUCAUGUCCUGUGAUGAUGUGCAUCCGAUCAACAAGGAUGUGAAUCACGUCGUUAAAAUGUUAGGAGGGUCUUUUUUUCCCCCCACCCGGUCGAGCCGAAAUAUGUUUUUGUGAUACCAUUAUUGUAUCGCUCCCUCACAAAUUACAUUUAAACUAGGUUUUUAUUAAUAGAGAAUGUAUUUUUUUUUUUUUUUUUUUUUUUUUUU